CCCACCUCGAUCAGAAUAUCAUCACUAUAGCCCUCCUGCGACCUAAACUUCUACAUCCACACGCAAACCCAAAGGUACACACCAAAUGUCCCAACAAUCCCAGACCGCGCUGCUGGUGACGGAGAUCGGCAAGCCGCUGACCAAGGGCACGCGGCCCAUUCCCGAGCCCUCGGAGAACCAAGUCCUGGUGAAGAUCACCGUGGCCGGCCUCAACCCCCACGACGCCAAGUCGCGCAACUACGGCCUCUUCAUCCAGGAGUUCCUCCCCGCAGUACUGGCCGCGGAUGUCGUCGGCGUCGUCACCCGCCUCGGUCCCAACGUCACCCGCUACCAGGAGGGGGACCAUAUCGUCGGCCAAGCCGGGCUGACGCUCGCCAACAGCAACGACACGGCCGGGCUGCAGGAGUACGCCAUUCUCGACGCCCGCUACUCAGCCAAGGUGCCGGCUGGCUUCACCGACGCGCAACUUGCCACGCUACCGACCAACCUGGUGGCCCCAGCCGUCGCCCUAUUCGACGAGAGCGCGUUGGGGAUCCCGGCGCCCUGGGCGACGCCCUCCUCCUCAUCUGGAUUCGAUUACCACGCCACAUCGCUCCUGGUCAUUGGAGGAGGCUCCAACACGGGUCGCUUCGGGAUCCAGCUGGCUGCGCUGGCGGGCAUCGGCCGCAUCAUUGUGGUGGGGAGCGCGCGUAGCGCAGCCGAGGCCCAGCGCCUGGGAGCGACGCACGUCAUUGAUCGCGCCCACAAGUCCGGCGCCGAGAUCGCGGCGGAGGUGCGGGCGAUCGUCGGGGAUGAUCUGGCUUACGUCUACGACGCGAUUAAUCCGCCCGAGAACCAGUACAUCGGCGUCGAGGCCCUGUCGAAUACCCGGAAGGGCAAGCUGGCUCGCCUGAUCCCUACGGGCCCCGUGGACGAGUCCAAGCUGUCCGCGCCCAAGCCUGCAGGCUUUGAGACCUUGAAUGUGUUCGGCCUGUCGGCGGUGCGGCCCGCGACGGCGGCGCCGCUGUGGGAGCGGGUCACCGAGUGGGUGGAGGCCGGGCAACUCGUCCCCACGGAAUCGUCAGUCAUCGAGGGGUUGGACGUGGAUGCGGUGAAUCGGACUCUCGAUGGCUAUGCAGACGGUUCUGUGACUGGACAUUGGCAGAUUAGGCUUUGAGCGGCAGUGAGCAAUGUCUAGUACCUGGGGAACAUGCACACGUCGGUCGAGUCAGGUGAAUUACGGUUGAAAUACGG